AUGAACUAUACGCUUAGGUGUCAUGACGAUACGUCUCCAAAUUUACUCACCGUAGUUGCAAAAAUCUGUGCAAGGUGCAUGGCAGCAAUAGCUACUGCUGCAGCUAGGUAGUGAGUGGUAGUCGUAGCUGUAGUAGUAAUACUGUUGCCGGGGCACGCAUGUGAGCUCAGCCGUGCAACUGCAGCUGCAUGCUUAGCUUCGUCCAGUUCAGUAUCCAUCUCCCUUUCUAUAAAUCCUAACGCGUCACGAGCUGUGGCAGUGAGCAGUGAGGAAGCUGAGUCUUGACACUUCGCCGCAGAAGGAAGCGGAUCAGAAGCUGUGUGUGAGCUGGAGGCAGGGGAGGCCAUGGACUGGAACUCGUGGCUGUCGAGGACGAGCUUGGCGCCGUCGCUGACGUACGAGUACGGGCUCCUCUUCAGCCGGAACGAGCUGGAGCCCGGCGACACGGCGCACUUCGACCACGACCUGCUCAAGAGCAUGGGCAUCGCCGUCGCCAAGCACCGCCUCGAGAUCCUCAAGCUGGCCAAGAAUAAGGGCGAAGCCGCGGCCAAGGACGACGCCUCGUCGGCGGCCUCGCGGCUAGCGCGCAGGGCCAGGAGGUGCCUGGCCCGGUGCGUGCGCCAGCUGGCCGGCGGGGGGAGGAGGGCCGCGUCGUCGGUCACCGUCGUGCCGAGAAUCUGCAGCGGGGACGAUGCCGUCCGCGUCGGCGCCGUGCAGAGGAGGAGCGCCGCCAAGAAGAUGGUGCUCAUGAUCACUGACGACAGAGAAGCCGCGAGGGGCGGCGAGCGGCUGUCGGCGUCGUCGCAGAAGGCGAGCCUGAUGUUCCAUGAUUGUUACCAAGACGACAGCGGCGACGAGGAGGAGGAGGAACGAUGCUCAGAGGACGGCACCGGAGGCGAGAUAAGGUGGGACUCAAUGUUUCAGGACCUGAAACCAACGUGAUGGUCAAAUUCAAUAUCCUCCUCUUCGAUCUUGCAUGCGCUCCUGGUUUGGUGUUCUUGCAUGAGUUGGUCUUUUCAUGGGUUUGGCUGU